CCCUCUCAGACACCGAGGGGCUCCCAACAACACCCCUCUCAGGGCCUCAUGGACCCCUUUUUGCAGCCGACCUCCGGUGCCGGAGGAGAGACGGCGGGCCCGGCCUCAACACCACCGUCUCCUGCCUCCUCCUCGGGCGCAGAACACUCCUCUCUAGAUCGGAUAGGGGAGGAAAUCCGAUCCAUCGCGGCCUCUAUGGCCACUAAAACUGACCUGCUGACACUUACCACCACGAUACAAGAUGCCCUGCACCUGGAGGACCUCGAUAAUAGAGGCCGCAGGUGCAACAUCAGGGUAAGGGGGGUUCCAGAGACAGCGGGAGGGGAGAAUGCGACAGAGGUCCUGUCAGGCCUCUUUAAAAUGCUACUACAGGAGGAAGCCCCUGAAUGCUUUGAAUUUGAAAGGGCACACAGGGCUGCGCGCCCGAGAUCUAUUGAAGAUGGGCCAAGGGAUCUCAUCUGUUGUCUCCACUCCUUCCCUGUCAAGGAAUUAAUUAUGAGGAAGGCCCGCGAACGCCCAGAAUGGACCUAUCGUAACUCUCAGGUCUCUCUUUACAAUGACCUAUCUCCCCUCACGCUUGAGGCCCGAAGAGCUUUAAAACCGGUUACAACAGCAUUACGUGACCGUCACAUCGAUUACAAAUGGGGCUUCCCUUUUGCGUUGCUGGCCCGCCACCAGGACUCAUGGAUCUCAGCGAGAUGGCCGGCGGAGAUACCUCGCUUUUUAGAGACCCUGGACCUACCGCCUAUCCAGAUUACGAAUUGG